GCUCCACUCGCUCGUCCGCCGUCGUGCCGUGCGGUUCGUGUCGUGGUUCGUACGUGCCUCGAGUGUCGCGCGGUGUGCUCCGAUCCGAUCGGAUCCUCUCCUGCGUAUACGCACGCGAUACACAGUUUGACAGCGCCGUUUCGGAACGAGGGUGCGUGCUUUUGCGAUAUCGACUGACACCGCGUCCUUCGGUAGCAACACUGAUCGCGGCAAGUAUAUGAGUGUUCUCGCCGUGUGCUUUCGUUACGAGGGAUGACCGGAGGACUGAAGCCAAACACCGAAGCGGGACUCUGUUCUCUACAGCCACGUCCACGGGUCUGACUCCUCGGAUGCUUCGGAAGAUACUACUGUCUCUCGGGUGGAUCUCGGGGGUGUACCGAGGUACGAGGUGAAGAGACGCGAAGGUGCACCACCGCGGUGCAUUACGAGAGUCGUUAGGUGCCGGGAUUCGCGAUACGAAGCGGAGCUUAAGAUCAAUAGUCGAGCGUUGGAAGACGCGGGCUUUCCAGCGAAAGCUUCGGAGCAACGUCCCUGUUAUCCUCGCCGGUGACAGGUUAUUGUCGCGAGAAAAAUCGGUACGUCCUGAGCAGCAGUGCGUUGACACCUGUCCGUGGAUUCGCUCGGACCGGUCGUACCUGACUCUCUGUGGACCGUCCGGUCAACCAAUGUCGCGCAUCGUGACCUCGGCUAAGGGAGAAAUCGUGUCGUAACGAGUGACCAUCGACGUUGUGUAUAAAGUGAUUUCUUGUUUAUAUUGUCUGUUCGCGGACAGCCGGGAAUAUUACCGUGGUUCCAGGAACACAGCCUACGCAUGCCGUGGAUCGAGGUCUUGAAUCCACCCUUCUUAUCCCCCUCAUGCAAGUACGAACGAAUCUUCCGACUGCUGCACGUGACUUAGAUGGCCGGCGAGUAAGGGACUUAGGAAUUCGAUUCGACUGAGCCUCGACGGUGCCAUCGGAGAGCCGGUAGACGCGAGCCGGUUCGAGGAGAGCCGGAUAAAGCUUCCAGCUUAGGCCACGAGCUUUUGUUUUUCGUCGUGGGAAGCUGUUGGUGGGCUCGAAGGGCCCACCCUCUCAUCGGUCAAGCUGGCGAGCGCUCUAACCGCUGGUAUGAACCCCCACCAUCCGGGCCACUCCGCAGCCUACCCGCAUCAUCCCUCGCUCUCGAGCAGUCCCCAUCAUUCCGGGCCCCAUCACGGGUACAGCACCGGUGGCGGAGGCGGCGGAGGUGGCGGCGGUGGUACCACGACCACCCCCGACCUGCCGAGUCCCCAUUCGCCGCCUCACGGGCCGGCCAUCGACCCUGCCACUCCGUAUGGGUCCCUGCAACCUGGCCAGGGGAUGGGCAGCAAUGGGCAUCAUCACGGUGGUGCUGGAAUGAUGUCCGAUCAUCCGCAUCACCAAGGACACCCGCACCCACACCUCCCGGGACACCCUGCUUAUCCACCGGUCAAUCACAACAACAAUUGUACGCUUAAGCAAGAAGGAGGCCCGAGCGGACCAACGGGGAUCCAACAGUGCGCUGGUUGCGGCGGUCAGAUAGUAGAAAGAUGGCUGUUACUAGCGAUGGAUCGGUAUUGGCACAACGGAUGCCUGAAAUGCUCGUACUGCGGCGCAGCGUUGGCGGAAAUCGGCCACUCGUGCUACACCAGGAGCGGCAUGAUCCUCUGCAAGAGCGACUACAGAAGGAUGUUUGGAAGCAGUGGUGCUUGCGCGGGCUGCGGUAACGCGAUACCUGCCAGCGAGUUGGUAAUGAGGGCGGGUGGUUCGGUGUUUCACCAGAAAUGUUUCACGUGUAGCAAAUGCGGCAGCCAACUCGUAUCCGGCGAUAGGUACUAUCUGUUAUCGGGUUCACCGGUCUGCGAAACGGACUGGCAUAAAAUCGUGAAGUCGUCGAGCGUCGCCGCAGCGGCAGCGGCGGCGGCAGCCGGUAACGGUGGCGCACCGGUAAGAAAAGGUAAGCCGACGCCCGCCGCCGUCGUACCGUCACAGGUAGACGUCGUGGACGUCGCCGUCGGGGGGGAUCCCUAUUCGCCGCCUCCGCCGGGUCAUCAGCAGUACCACCAUCAUCAUCAUCACCAUCACCACCAUCAUCAGAUGGGCCUAGCGCAUCCGGGGCUGGGGGUACAGCAAACGCACCUGCAGGCGUCCACUUAUCAGGAGUGGUCUCCGUGGACGCAGGACACCUGCGAUUGAACCUGAUCCUUUCGUCGAUGCGUUGACAAGAUCAGAGAUGCGAUCUUCAACUUGUCUCGGUAGCCGCCGGACCUCCUCCUCCUGCUGGAUGACGAAAGGAGACGAUCCUUCGUCACGGCAUAUCGUGGUCCCGAUUUCAAAUGAUCGGAUUCAAGAAGAAUCGGUGUAGUUUCCUCUGAUCGCGAUUUUUCGAACGAACAGACAAUAGACUGUGAACGUUUUUGCCUUUGUUGAUAACGCUGAGUGGCUGUGUGCACGCGAGAGGAGACAAUCGUCCUGAAGAUACGAUGGUGAACCGAGUUACUUAUGACUAGACCGCGUUUACACGUGUCCUUAAGAACUCCGAAAUCUAGGGAGAGAAUAUGUUUCUUGUUCGUCCUUCGACCGAUGUGUCCCGGCCGAUCGGGCACGUCCUCGUAUUGGCGUUUCCGCCACGUGAAGAUUCGUGCGCGCGUGGUCGUCAGCUCCGAUUCUCUCGGUGGUGAAGAGCGCGCGAAACGAGCGCGUACAGCCACGCGCGAAUACGCUGUACGCAUCUUCUCAAUUGGUCUCACCCCCUAAUCGAUAAUCUUUGCUCAAUCACUGGCAAUCGAGGAUAAUUGAAGCGUUUGCGUGCACGAACGCGCAUGUAUCGUCGCCGACAAUCGCGUCCAAACGAUUAAUUUUAAAAUAUAAGUUCAAGUUCUAUUUUAUUCACCAAUAUUAGUUUAAUCGGACUUUAAUUCUUAAGACGAAUAGAAUAUUUUUAUUAUUCUGAUUGACAUAUUACUUUAUUCUAAGUUUUGAUAACCAAAUUCUGCUAGACGUAACGUAAUGUUUUACUUAAUAAAGAUCUGAUUAGUAGGAAAAAUCUCGUGACGUUGAUAAAAAGGAACUCAAACAAUUUAUCUGAACCGACAACCCUUGGAGAAUUAUUUUUCUUUCAAAAUCACUGGUCCCCUUCUCUUUCGCCCCUCUCCCCGUAAACUCAUUAAGCGCUCCUUGUUCUCGCGAUCGUUAAUCGAGUCUCGGUCGGGAAUUAAAGUCGACACCGAGGUGAAAUCGUCGAACCAGCGAAAUUAUCAUUCGAAUCUUGUUAACGGUGCUGUGCCCUCGUAGUCUGGCUAGUUUUUUCUCGUCCAUCUGAUUCAGGUUCUGUAAAAGCGGACAUGGUCUCCAUCAAAAACGCAAAUUUCAUUUAACAUUUAACACCGCGUUCACAUCCUCGUAUUGUACAUGUGUACAUUAAAAAUACUAAAUGGAGAAUCACGAAAAUUUGCCCAUUCGAAUCACAAUCAGCAACAAAAUCGGUGUUUGUUUGAUCAAAGAGAAAAAUGGUACGAUGAGAAAGAUCGAAUUUAAGAUCGAUUAGAAAAUGAUUGAAACUUUGUCGGGGACGAGAACACGAGCGUCGGUGCACGGGAACGCUCCUGGCGAUGGAUUGAAGCGUAUAACAAUACUUUUUCUAAGUGACAGGGUUUCGACAUUCGCAAUAAACACUUAAAUGUAUAAUCGUGAACACGUUACAAUGUAUCUACUAUCGUCCGAGCCCGUCGUCGGCUACCAAAAACCCUCUUACUGAAACUUGUACAAAGCAUCUCCUACCCUUCCCAUCGAGACGUGGAAAAAUAACGAGGGUAAACGGAAACGACACGGGCUCGGGCACGUUCGAAGCUCAAUGCGAAACUAAAGACACAUGUUUUGGGUGUAAAUCACGCGGAAACGGUGAGCCCGAUUCGCUUUAUGGCAAUCAUACCUAAUUCCUCAUCCACUAAACAUUGUUUUAGCAAGCCAAUCGCAAUCGUUUCUAAUAUAGAUGUUGGAAAUAUUUGUGUAACAUAGAUUAAUAAGGACAGGAAAUAAUAAUAGUUACAAUGUUAAUCAACACUUUCCUUCGAAAUUUGCUACAUCAAUGUAUUAUGAAAUCUCUCCCAGACUCAUUUUUCAACAACUCAAACUCGUUCAUUUCCUAACCCAAGCGUUCUUUAUUUGUGGCUCGAUAUUGUAAUAAGAAAGCAAUAGGAUAACGAUAUAAGAAACCCAUAAAGCGACCGGGUUCCGUGGCAUGCAACCGAUCGUUACCCGUUUACCCGUCUCGUUCUUAGCGAAACUUUUGUCUCUCAGAACGCCGCCGCGCGCUUACGAGGACUCGACGCGAGUACGAGAGAGUGAGAAUGAGAGUGAGAGAAAGAGAGAGAGAGAGAGAGAGAGAGAGAGAGAUCUGAUGCGAGAAAUGAAAAGAGAAGCGGACCGGCGACGAUCUUGACGUCGAUCGCUCGAUCGCGACGGUGCUCGACGAGAGGGAUCCAAGGGAAUGAAGCGUUUCGUUCCCUCGCCGAUUUUUGCGAGUCGAUAUACAAUCUCUUCGAUUUCUGCCGCGCGGCGAUCCUUCGGUCCAUCGCGUCGCUUAAUAAGAAAAGCAAGAAAACUAUCGUACGUGGACGUAGAAAGGAGAACGCUCGACCGAACGAAGGGAGUCGCGCCGACUCGGAUCGUGUAAUUUAAUCUUGUACAUAGGGUACAUUUUGUAUAUUGUUAAAAGUUUGUGUGAUAUAAAUGGUUAUGUAUUUACUAUUAAAUGCAGCGACGGGGCUACGCACGUCCGUGGCGAUCACGCGUGCGAUGGACAGCGCCGACCAUCGCCACUGGAUGUAUUUAAUCAGAUUUUUGUCCAAACGCAUUUAGACUGAUCGAGAAUAUGGAGCAAGAGUAAAAACGUUGAUUUGUUAGCGUGGAGCAUUAAUGAAUUCGUUUAAUGAGGACUAUUCGCUUGCUGCAAUAAUGAUAAGUCUUCAAACAUCGUCUUUGAGUUUUUGAUAUUAAAGACUCGACUCUUCUUGAAAUCGUAGCGUGUUUUUGUUAGUUUGCCAUUGCAAUGAAACUUGUUCUUCAGGAAAUAUCAACUCUUGUAUUAUUACUGCAGCAAACGAGCGGUGUAGCUACUUGAUUGUCUGAUUUAUUAUUAGAAGAAAGAAGGUAAUGCGAGGCGCAUCCAGUGGCGGUGGACAGUUUGCGAUACGUCGUCCCCGGUUGAGCGUACACGCGGUUGGAUCAGCUCAUGAUCUUUCGCGUUUAGUUAAUUUUGUUAUUUGAUUUAUCUCGAUCUUCUUACCCGGGACCCGACGACAUCACUGAAUGGUUUCGCGGCCUCUUGUAAAAUACAAAAACAAAAAAAAAGAAAUACACGCGAACACACACACACAUACAAAACA